AUGACUGCAGAUGAACACCAGCAUCGGGAGGUCUAUGUUAUCUCAGACGACGAAGACGACGACGACGACGACGACGACGAAUCAGUCACUGAGGCCGGACUCAGUGAGGACGAAGACAAUGAGCGAAGCCCGGCUUCUGUAGACGAUUUCAGCUAUGUCGUCGUCCGGCGUGGCUCCCAUGGGUCUCACAAUCAUGAACAGACCGAGGCCAAUGGCGAAAUGAUGCACGUUGAAACCCAGUGUAGUAGCUACCCUUCUUCUCCACCUUGCUAUGGGGACCAGAACGAGAUUCGUCCUUCUCGUGACUCAUUCGAUCAGGACGACCGACACAGUGCUGCUGACGAUGACUCUUAUGUUCUGUGCAAUUCCGACAUCGUCCGAUCGCAUACACCUCGCAUCGAUGACGAGGAAGAGACCGAGGAAGAAGAUGACGACGAUGAAGCAAUUGUCAAAUGGCCAAGACGAAACCGCCGCUCGUACCCAGCCAUCGAGACUUGGGACGCAUAUACCGGUCGGUGGAUCGCCCAGCAGGAUGGCCUCUCGCGUCAGGGGAAAGGGCUCCCACCAAGAGAUGUGUCUGGUGCGCGGAGAUUGUUUGAAAGUUCCGAUGCGGGAAGUUGCGUCUCGCUUGUGUCUGAGGAGUCGGAUCUGGUUGCUACAGAUUCCGUUAUCGCGGCCAUGUGCGACAACAUGGAGGUAGACACAGAACCAAACGUGUUUUCUCUGGACAGAGCGCGCCAGAGGAUGAUCCUGGGUUGA